AUCCCAGUUUGUCACGGAACUUAUACGUAACGCACUCAAGAAGCAAGAAAACUCCGAGGAAUUUGACGAUGACGAUUCGAGCAGUGACGACAAUGGGGGUCGACGGAGCUCGUUAAGUGAAUCACAACCGCCCAUCCCGUAUCAGGGAGAUGAUACAGAAGUGGAUGAUAUUGUUCGAGAAGCUCAGGAAAUGGUGAUCCGGGACCAGCCUCUUCCAGUGACUGCCAUCAACUCCGAACUUUCCCGGCGUUUGUUCAACGUGAUGGAAAAGAACAAAAUAAAUCAAGAUUUAAAUCAUUCCGAUACUAAACCAUUGCUCAAACUGGAAGAGAAGUCGGAAAGCGAUGGAGGGCCAUGGGGUCUGUUGAGGAACCCAGUAAUAAGGAUAAAUCGACGAUA